AUGGCGCAUCCACCAGCUCAGCCUGCCACGCUCGCUCUUCACGCCGACGAUGUGCUGAAUAACGUCACGGACGUGGCUCCGCCCAUCCAUCUGUCAACGACUUUCCGCUACUCGGACAAUCCGGACGAAUUGACUCCAAUUGCAGAUCUGUCUGAAAAACCUCAGGAUCAGGACCCGAAACAGCACGUUUACUCUCGAGUCACCGCUCCCAAUUCGACUCGCUUUGAGACCAUCCUUUCCUCCCUCCUGAAGGGUCAUGUUGUGGCAUACUCAUCUGGUCUGUCGGCAUUGCACGCGGCGCUGGUGCUCCUGAACCCACGCCGGAUCGCCGUUGGACACAAUUACCAUGGCUGUCACGGCGUCAUCGCGUUGUUCUCUCGCCUGACAGGACUACAGAAGCUGGAUCUGGAUUGCCCGGCCGAACAGCUGGAGGCAGGCGAUGUGGUCUUCCUGGAGACGCCGCUGAACCCUCAUGGAACGGCGUUCAACAUUGAGCAUUACGCGCAGAAGGCGCACUCGCGGGGCGCUUAUCUCAUUGUGGACAGCACUUUUGCGCCGCCGGGACUGCAGAAUCCGUUCGAGUUUGGGGCGGACAUUGUCAUGCACUCAGGGUCGAAAUACUUUGGUGGACACAGUGACGUGCUGUGCGGGGUGUUGGCCACCAACCGCAAGGAUUGGUACGAGCGGCUGUGGGGCGAUCGAGUAUACCUGGGCAGUGUGAUGGGCAACCUCGAGAGCUGGCUGGGUGUGCGCAGUCUACGCACCCUGGAGGUGCGCGUGCAACGGCAGAGCCAGAAUGCGGAGCGGCUGGUGGCGUAUCUGGACGGGGCGCUGCACGCGUUCCGGCCGGCGGCGGACAGUGACGAGGCCGCGGUGCAGGGGGUGCUGUACCAAAUCAACCAUGCCAGUCUGCAGAGGGGGGAUGCGUCGUGGCUGAAGAAGCAGAUGCCGAACGGGUUUGGGCCGGUGUUUUCAAUCGUGCUGCGCAAGGAGGAGUGGGCACGGCGACUGCCGAGCAAGCUGGCGUAUUUCCACCAUGCGACGAGUCUGGGCGGGGUGGAGUCGUUGAUUGAAUGGCGAGCCAUGACGGAUGCGCGGGUGGACCGGAGGUUGUUGCGGGUGAGCGUGGGGUUGGAGAACUGGGAGGAUCUGCGGAACGACUUGGUGGCGGCUUUUAAGGCGUUGCUGAAAGAGUCGACGGUAGAAGUGCUGCAGCAGGCCAUUGAGGCAUACUUUUUAUGGAUGAAUAAUAUACAGUCAAAUUUAGACUGGUUGGGUACAUACAUGUGUGUGUGGUAUAGAUUGAGAAAUUCCGACAGACAAAGCUUGUCUAUCGACUCUAUCCUAGAAUCAACCUUAUAUUCUGGUCAAUAG